AGUACUGCAUUGUUAGUUGUCUAAUUGUAGGAUGUCACACAAAUUUGUGUCGUUAAGAAAUUUAAAAUGUUUAUCUUAACUUCCUCUUCAUUUUACAAUGAGAUAAACAGCUUCCUUUCCGAAUGUAUUACAAUAACAAAUAAAGAUAUUUUUAGUCAUUAUCAUGUGCUUGAUCCAGGGUACUGAAUAACUCAUCGGCAAACCAGAAAUCUCCAUACUGAAUAGCCAAAUUCAGGGACUACUAUUAAGUUCCAGUUGGUUUUUGGCUGAAACAAUGACAAGGUUUUAUUGGAGAAAAUAUCGUUCUUUGGGGGUUGUAACAACUUUAGCUAUACUUUACUUGAUAGUCAGAGCCAAGAACUAUGAACACAAAGCAUUUGUAUUUCUUGCAAACGUUCACCCCAGUGAGCCUUGGGAGUUUGUGGCUGAUUUUAGUAACAUGAAAUAUCUGAACCCAACAAUAAUCGAUUUCAACUUAUUGGACGAGAGUGGUGAUUAUGGACACUGGAAAUACUCUCUUGAAUAUUCCGAAAAACUAUCCCACUGGCCACAUUCAUUCAACACCGCAGUUGCCCACUUCAAUAUCAAAGCCUCUCCGAAGAAAGACUCCUACUUCAUACAUUCUACACAUAAAACUUGUUUAUUAUUUGGCUUGUACUGCUUAAACUCUGUGAGCGAAUUCAAGUUCUCUCAUGGUAAUUCGUCAAAGGGAGCUUCUUGUGAGGAAAAUAUUCAGUAUCAGUGUCCGACCGUCUUGUCGUCUUUUUGCAGAAGAGAGGUGGUGUAUCAGAGAAAAGCAAUCAUGAAUAAUUUGUUCAAGAAGUUUGAUGGGAGGAAAUUUUAAAAAAUUUAAUAAAUAUGUGCUAUAAGCCAAUUAUAUUUUUAUAUCUU